CCAAUCGGAGGAGGUGUUGCUGCUGCGGCUUUAUUUGACUUCACAGAGUCGCCGCCUGGAAGCGUGACCUGAGGGGGAAGCUGCGAGUUCUCCUUAGCGUUUAUCUGCCGUUAUAGUUUAUGUUGUUGAUUGUGCGGAGACUUUCGGAUAAAUGUAGCUGCACGUUUUUGAGAAGGAAACAAGUUCACGCUGCCAAGUAUGUGACUUAGUGACAUCCUUUCUGUGUCGGCCUCUGAUCAAGUCAGUCAGCGGAAAGAGGAGCUUUGCAGUCGUCAGCUGGUGCAGGAAAAAGUCCUUCAAAUGUCUUUGGUAGAGGAUAUUCUGGAAUUGCUGCACCUUGUCCUGGAGUACUUUGGAGUACCUCCAGACAUGCUGGUUCCAGUGUGGGACAGUCAGCAGCGCGGUCAGUAUCGUAGCAUUGUGCGGAUGAUUGGGACAAAUCUCCCACUGACACCUACACCACGUGUCCACUUUCAGAUCCCUCUGCUCGACAGACGCCAUGGAUAUGUCGACAUUACCAUGGACACACUUGCCAUCCCCUCAUUUGCUGAUGUACUGUGGGUGUUUGAGGACGAGGGGGAGAGCUUUGCCAAGACCAGGAACCAUUUGCCUCCAAAGAAGCGAAGCACUGUAAAUCGAGAUGUGGUGAGAUACCCAGGACUGGCCUCGAAUCGAGCCCAGAGAGGAGGCGGACCUGUAAGACAGACAACUGAUCAAGACGCCCUGAAGAAGAUCACAGCGCUGGAGAGCGAGCUGCUCAAACUACGAGCUCAGAUAGCCAUGAUUGUUACUGCUGCUCCAGCCUCUGGUCUGACUGAGUGUCAGAAUGCCCCAGGCACACCUUUGAUGUCUCCUCCCCCUCCACCAGCUCUCACCUCCACACCUCGCAGGGCUGCUCCUCCACCACCUCCACCUCCACCCCCACCUCCCCCCUGCCCCGGCUCCUCCACUGAGACUUUGUCUGUAUUAGAGCUGAUCCGCCAGCGCAGGAAGAACGAAAAGGACCUUGAUAAGGGUCAGCUCAAGCUCCAGGGCUCAAGCCUCGGCAGGGGUUCAGAAGUUAAAGGGGUCCCCUCCAUGAUGGAUGUUCUCAAGGACUUAAAUCAAGUCAAAUUGCGCUCUGUCGAGAGAUCUCCAGGGGGCACACCAGUCAGGAGGAGACGCAGUAAGGGGGGGGCAGCAUUGCUUAAUGACCCAGCAGCACUUAUUGCAGAAGCACUGAAGAGGAAGUUUGCCCAGCAUCGCCAUAACAAUUCCUCUGACAAAGAGAAUUCAAUAGAACUCUCACCUUUCAGCAGUCCGGACACACCUAAGGUUCCUCACCAGACCAGACGCAGUCAGGGACGCCGCCACCUGUUAUCCCGGUAAAUGAGAACUUCUGACCCCAAAAGGUCAAACGUUAGACAUGCCAUCAGCCAAUCACAGCUCCCACAAAUGUGCCUCACAAACAAAUUACCGCUGCAGCUACUGACUUGCAUUUCAUUUUUGUUUGUCUAAUCUUUUGUUCUUGUAAGAGUGUUUGUCUCACAAUGAACAAAGUGCUCGAUACUGUUACAUUUCUCUUUGUUGGGAGGGUUGAAUGUAUAUUUUUGUUAAAGCUAAUGCUGUAAACAAGGGUUUUUGUACAGUCGUUUUGUUUUUGUAAAUUGGAGUCUCCAGUGUUAUUACACAUUGAUAUCGUUGUGAGCAUAGCUCCUUUUUAAAGGAGAUAAUUUAUUUAAGAACGUAUGCACAGUAUCUUGUAGCUCCAUGUCGUCAUGUUUCUAAAAUCACUUUGUGAGGCCUCAGUUCUUAUCUUAACCAAUUGAAAUGAAUAACUGUGUGCUUUGAGAUUCAAAUAGCUCUAUUCUAUGCACCUGCUGUUUCAGGAUCUAUUAUUUUAUUAAAGUGUUCAAGUGCACUGAC